AUGGCGGUGAAGGAAGGCAGCGAGACCCCGGAUGUAGGCAGCCCCUCCUCCUUCUCCUCCGCCCCCCGCCCACUCGGAAGGAGGUGCCGGUUACCCGGAUGUUGCUCCUGCUCUAGCGGCAGCCGCCGCCUCCCUCGGACGGGGAGAGAAGCUGACGGAUCCAAUAUGGCCGCCCUGAUCCGGAGGAGAGAGUGAGAGGCCUGGGAGCCCGGGGCAGCCCCCCAGCCCGGCAGCAGAAGCCGCCCCUGGGGGCGGGGAAAGGAGGAGCGGGGGGAACCAGCCCCUGCAAAGCCCCGUGUUCGAAUCAGUGCAGUAGAGCGGAUAUAAACAAGACAAGAAGAGCUUCAAAGUAAGGGUUGCAGUGCUGGGAACAGCCCCCCAAUCCUCUGGAAUUGGGUGGCACGUGGUGGGAUUGGCCAUCGUGCAGGAUGGACACCUUGAAACGGAGUCGAGCGCAAGCCUGGCCGGAGGAGACGGGGGACAGGGAGCAUGGACUCUAUAGUUUGCACCGCAUGUUUGACAUUGUGGGCACUCACCUGACCCACCGGGAUGUACGUGUGUUGUCCUUUCUCUUUGUGGAUGUGAUUGAUGACUACGAGAGGGGGAUGAUCCGCAGUGGCAGGGACUUCCUGCUGGCACUAGAACGGCAGGGCCGCUGUGAUGAGACCAACUUCCGCCAGGUGCUACAGCUGCUAAGGAUUAUCACGCGCCAUGACCUGUUGCCCUAUGUCACGCUGAAGAGGAGAAGGGCCGUGUGCCCAGACCUCGUGGACAAGUACCUAGAAGAGACGUCCAUUCGUUACGUUAUGCCCCGAGCUCACAGCAACGCAGAGCAUGGUCUCACCCACCCCCACAAAUCAGUGCCUCCCCAUCACCCUGUGGUCUGCCGCUCCUCCGCUGGACCUCCGAUCUGUACCAAGAGGCCUGGCCGUGGGAGAGCCCUCCUCAGUAGCCAGCAUAAGAGGAGGAAGUCAAUGACGCCAGAUCCUAAAGAGAAACAGACUUGUGACAUCCGCCUGCGAGUCCGAGCCGAGUACUGCCAGCACGAGACGGCGCUCCAGGGCAACGUCUUCUCCAACAAGCAGGAUCCCCUGGAGCGGCAGUUCGAGCGCUUCAACCAGGCCAACACCAUCUUAAAAUCCCGGGACCUGGGCUCUAUCAUCUGUGACAUAAAAUUCUCAGAGCUCACCUACCUCGACGCCUUCUGGCGCGACUACAUAAACGGCUCUUUGCUGGAGGCCCUCAAGGGCGUCUUCAUCACGGACUCGCUCAAGCAAGCCGUGGGCCACGAGGCCAUCAAGCUGCUGGUCAACGUGGACGAGGAGGAUUAUGAGGUCGGGCGCCAGAAACUCCUGCGGAACUUGAUGCUGCACACGGCCCCUUGACCCUCCCCCGGGCUUGGCCUCGGCUGCUCUUUGGGAGCCAAUCGUUUCGUUUUUUUUAAAAAGGAAAAAUCAUUGAAAACCCACCAACCCCCCAGCAGCCUCCUGCCGAGUGUGUGUAACUGUAGGACCUGCCUGAGCGGCGGGAGGGCUGUGCUGCCACUUAGCCAGCUCUCUGCUGGUCCCGGCCCAGCCAAGAGCCCAUGAUACCUGGGGCAACCCAGAGAGCAAGUCCCGCUCUGCUCCGGGAGCCUGGCCGAAGGACGCCGAACCGCCCAGCGGUAGGAAGGGAGCUGCCAGCAGGAGCGCUGGGUGCUCACGCAUUCUGUCCUGUCCCCCCUCUGCCCCGGGUUCCCUUGUGCUGGUUUUUCUUUUAUACGGUCUUUUUAAAAAAAGGCAAAAGUGUCUUGUGGCGGCAGGGCCCCGUGUGUGUGGGGGACGCGGGGCGGAGGUGGGCCGGGGAGGUGGGGUUCUUGAUGAUUCACUUUAAUAAAAAUGAACGAGCACAGCGGGAGCUGUGUGCGUGUGGAGUGAACAGCAUGUGGGGGUGGGGGGGCUUGUGGCAUUGGCCUUCCAUUGAUGGGAGCCCGUUUCCACCAGUCCGCUUAGCACUCAUGGCUCUCAGCAGGCGAUCUGGCCGGGUGUGCCCUUAGCCAGCGUGGGAUGCCGAGAGGGAGGCUCAGCUAAGGUGAUGCUGGUGCAGCCCUGUGGCAUCGUCUGCUCUAGGCCGGGUGGGCUUGUUUCAGGGCUAACAGCUGCACCAAUGGAGCCCGUGCUGAGCUAACAGUGGGGUCAGUGUUCCCUUCUCCCAGCCUGCGGGCCUUUGUUAUCCCCUUCCCAGCAAUCCCUGCCAGGCCUCUGACCCCAGAGAGGAACAAGGGGCUCCGAGCUGGUCCAGCCACGCCUGUGCUCCCCCCAGAACUGAGAGAUGCUUGUAGGCCCACCAGAAGAGUUCUGCACAUGGAGAUGGGCAUCCUCACUCCCUUUGCCUGCAGGGUGGGGAAGCAGUUGGGCAGGGCCGGGCUUUUGGGAUGUUCAGGGGCAGUGUCACGGCAGCAGGGCCUGGGGUGGGGAGUGCCCAGCGCUGGCCCAUGUCACAGAUGAUGCUUCAACGUCUCCCCCUUGCUACAACAAGGCCAGGCCCAGUGGCGGUCCGGUGGGGUUGGCUGCAUCCCCUGGGCUGUGCAGGGGGGCAGGUUGCAGAGUAACACUUGGGCACAAGGCCCAUUCCCAGUGGGAAGAAGGUGGGUCCUGUUUGAUCCUACCCCAUAACGGAAGGUUCCCCCUGCCCAGAUGUACAGGCUCCUGCUGGGAACCUAGAGGUGGGGAAAAAUCCAGUGGGGCCACUCAGGGUGAUACUGCUGGUUUGCUCCUGGUCAGCUCUUUGGCGCUGGGUCUUGUCUGUCUGUUGCUGGCACUGGCCAUCCCAGGAGGAAGGAGCUGCUCCCAGCAGGUGCCAGUAGGAGGUGCUGUCCUGCAUUAGCCCUGGGGCCAGCAAGCUGUUCAUUUGCAAAAUGCCUGGCACCUCAGGGCUGCUGUAAUACAACCCGUCUCAGAACUGGCCGUCUGCCUGCCCCUCCCUUGUGAUCCCACAGCGGAGAGACACCCCUUGCCCAGCAUAGGGACUGAGCUGGAUAAAGCAGUAACACCCGAGGGGCCGUGCUCCAAGCGCCUCCCCCCGCUGCACGCAGGACACCAGAGGCCACAAGCGAGCUGGGGUUGGUGGCUGGCUUAGCUGCGUAUUUUAAAUUUUGGGAUGACAUUUGUUACCUAUUGGUAACAGGGCUUGUUUCCCUACUCCCCUGUUGAGCCCAGAACUUGGUGCCAGGACAGACACAGCCACAGCCACUUACAUGCCCCCUUUGUAACAUGUCAGGGACCCGUUGGGCCUGAGGCCAGACCUGGCACCUGGAGGCUGAGUGGGUUUGUCAAUGAAAUGGUCGCUGAGUACCAAUCUUCCAGGGGCAAGGAGUGCAUUUUAACUGGAAAAUUCUCUUCCUCCCCAGUUCUUUUCCUGGUAACUCAAGUAAACACCCAAGGAUUUAGGAGCUUCAAACCUAAAGCAGCUCCACAGAAUUCCACAUAGUUAAGGGUGAACAAAGGGGCUGGAGGGUUAUUUUUCUGGAUUUGAUUUUCUUCUUCCCACUGUCCCAAAUCUCUGCUGAGAUGCAGGAUGUUUUCCUUAUCAGCCCAGAUCUUCAAAGGUAUGUAGGUGCCCAACUCCCCAGGAGAGAGAGACACCUCAAUACGGUUGAGGAUCUGUGCCUUGAAAGAUGGAAGCCAAAUCAGUGCACCUGGGGUGGAGGAAUGUUUGUUAUGGCUGGCUGGCUGCCUCCCUACCCAGGCAUGGGCAGAGGGAUAAGAAAGAGGGUGUUGUGCUUACCAAUUCCCUCUCCAAUGAAGAUGGCAUGUGAUAGCCCUGCAGGCUCCAACCCUCCUGCCUCAAUGGGAUUGUUUGGUGUGUGUGUGUGUUGAUGCAUUUUCUAUCCACAGGUUCUCUCAGUUGAGAGCGUGUAGACCCCCCGCACACACCUCCCUGUUUAAGGACAAUUCUGGCACAAACUGUAAUUUCUGUGACUCUUCUGUAUUUUUUAAACUUCCAAUAUAACAGUCAUAAUCCCCAUGUAGCUUUCAGUUUUCUUGAAAUAAACAUCUACUGCAUCUUG